UGAUGUUUUCCAAAACGCUUGCAGGGUAGGUUCUCUUCAGUAGCCAAACUGUCAUCUGAAACAUUGUUUAUAAUCCUCCCAUUUAACUAAGACUGAAGAAUGCAAUGAUUACAAAUGCCAAUGGGGCAGGAGAUAUUAAAGGAAGUUUUAUUUCAGUGCCCCAUCAAAUAACUGGAUAACUGGAUCUCCUGUACUCAUCACAGCUUAGAAGUCCCUCGCCAAGCUAAUCUCCUGGCAACUCCCCAACCCCUUCAUCAUUGCUUUCAAACUUUUUUGUUAAAGCCUUUUUUUCCUAGACCUCUCGGUAAUGGUUCUUAAAGUCUUCAUUUUAAAUCUUCAGUCUUGGUUUUGCUCUUCUUACUACUUCCUUCUCACGCUGCUUGGCUUCCCUCAGCUGGGCAUGCCUCUUGCGUUAAGUGGGCACCGAUUUCCCUCUUCUCUCAUGCCUUCUCUGCACGCACCUGCCGGGUUCGGAGGGGGGCUGCAGGGCUCAGACCUGUAUACGCGGAGCUUGGACAUGCCAGGCUCUCGAAAAACGAUAGAGUCAGCAGGUUAAACGGGAAGUUGGGCCUCGCAGGCUCUUUCUUUCGCAACAUGCAUCGAGCAUUGCUGUAUGUCCAAUGUCCAGCCGCCACGGAUUCCACGGUGAAUGGCCCCGGAGAGAUCACAGCCAGAUGUGUGGUCAGUGCUGGGGAAGCACCUGGGGAGGAUGCCACUGCAGGGAAGGCGGUGGGGGACGGCUGCUCGAACUUGGCCAAGACAUGAGCAGCAUCACCAUCGCCUGGGAACUGGCUGGAAAUUCUAAUUCUCGGGCCCCACUCCCGACCUUCCCAAGCGGACACUCGGGGGGUGCGACCAAGCAGCGUUUUAUCCAGUCCCCCGGGGGGUUCUGACGCACCUAGAAUUGGAGAACCACGGCUCUAGUGGAGGCCUGAGUGAGGAUCUUGAGAGGAGAGGGCGAGGGGGAAGGAAAGGCGGCUCUGUGAGGGCCUCUGAUGCCGGUCAAGGGGGUGAGACUUUGCCCCGUAGGUGCUGCCUCCAGGGUGGCGACAAAAGCAGGGGCCUGCGCACUUAUGCAAUCUCUCAACUCGGGGCGGCUGGCAGAUCAGGCAUUCCCUGUGCACCUGGGUCCCGGGAAGGUGUCGAGUUCCCCCACCCCCCAAACGCCAGGCGGCGCGCAGAAGGGAGGUCGGCUUGCAGACAUCUCCGCACCGCGGAGCCACGCGUUUGCGAUCCCGGAGGAGAAAGGAAGACAGAGGAAGCCACGGCCCCUGGACCCCGGCGAGGGCUCCAAGGACACAGACAGCUCGGCGGGGCGGCGGGGCAGCGCCGGCAGAAGGCAUGGGCGCUGGCGGGGCCGUGCCGAGAGCCCAGGUGUGCCCGUGGCCAAAGUGGUGCGGGCAGUUACCAGCCGGCACAGAGCUAGCCGGAGGGUCCCUCCCGCCCCACCCCCAGAGGCCCCUGGCCGCCAGAACCUGAGUGGGGCAGCAGCCGGGGAGGCGCUGGUCGGGGCAGCUGGCUUCCCCCCACAUGGAGACACAGGGAGUGUGGAGGGCGCCCCCCAGCCCACGGACAAUGGCUUCACCCCGAAGUGCGAGAUUUUGGGCAAGGACGCGCUGUCCGCACUGGCCCGGGCCAGCUCCAAGCAGUGCCAGCAAGAGAUCGCCAAUGUGGUGUGCCAGCACCAGGCCGGGAGCCUCAUGCCCAAGGUUGUGCCCCGGCACUGCCAACUGGCUGGGAAGGUGAACCCCGGCCUCCAAUGGGAGGAGACCCGGGCCCAGCAGCCCGUGGAGGGCCCCCCGGUACGAAUCGCCUACAUGCUGGUGGUGCACGGCCGCGCCAUCCGCCAGCUGAAGCGUCUCCUCAAGGCCGUCUACCACGAGCAGCACUUCUUUUAUAUCCACGUGGACAAGCGCUCCAACUACCUGCACCGGGAGGUGGUGGAGCUGGCCCGGCGGUAUGAUAAUAUCCGCGUGACGCCCUGGCGCAUGGUCACCAUCUGGGGCGGGGCCAGCCUGCUGAGGAUGUAUCUGCGGAGCAUGCAGGACCUGCUGGAGGUGCCUGGCUGGGCCUGGGACUUCUUCAUCAACCUCAGUGCCACCGACUACCCAACCAGGACCAACGAGGAGCUGGUGGCUUUCCUGUCCAAGAACCGGGACAAGAAUUUCCUCAAGUCACAUGGCAGGGACAACUCCAGCCUGGGCUGGUCUGCUCCCCACAGGUUCAUCAAGAAACAGGGCCUGGACCGGCUCUUCCAUGAAUGUGACUCGCACAUGUGGCGCCUGGGCGAACGGCAGAUCCCGGCGGGCAUCGUGGUGGACGGCGGCUCCGACUGGUUCGUGCUGACGCGCAGUUUCGUGGAGUACGUGGUGUACACGGACGACCCGCUCGUGGCCCAGCUGCGCCAGUUCUACACCUACACGCUGCUCCCAGCCGAGUCCUUCUUCCACACGGUGCUGGAGAACAGCCCGGCCUGCGAGAGCCUCGUGGACAACAACCUGCGGGUCACCAACUGGAACCGCAAGCUGGGCUGCAAGUGCCAGUACAAGCACAUCGUGGACUGGUGCGGCUGCUCCCCCAACGACUUCAAGCCGCAGGACUUCCUCCGGCUGCAGCAAGUCUCUAGGCCCACCUUCUUCGCCCGGAAGUUUGAGUCCACUGUGAACCAGGAGGUCCUGGAAAUUCUGGACUUCCACCUGUAUGGCAGCUACCCGCCCGGCACGCCAGCCCUCAAGGCCUACUGGGAGAACACCUAUGACGCGACCGAUGGCCCCAGCGGGCUCAGUGAUGUCAUGCUCACCGCUUACACCGCCUUUGUCCGCCUCAGCCUACGCCAUGCCGUCACUACUGCGCCCGCGCCGGCCACCCCUCUCUGCAGGUUUGAGCCCAGGGGCUUGCCGUCCAGCGUGCACCUGUAUUUCUAUGACGACCAUUUCCAGGGCUACCUGGUGACGCAGGAGGUGCAGUCCUCAGCGGAGGGGCCGGCAGAGACGCUUGAGAUGUGGCUGAUGCCCCAGGGGUCGCUGAAGCUGUUGGGGCGCAGUGACCAGGCCAGCCGGCUCCAGAGUUUGGAGGUUGGCACUGAGUGGGACCCCAAAGAGCGUCUUUUCCGGAACUUCGGGGGGUUGCUGGGACCAUUGGAUGAGCCUGUGGCCAUGCAGCGCUGGGCCCGGGGCCCCAACCUCACAGCCACCGUGGUGUGGAUCGACCCCACCUACGUGGUGGCCACGUCUUACGACAUCGUGGUCGACGCAGAGACCGAGGUCACUCAGUACAAGCCCCCACUGAGCCGGCCCCUGCGGCCGGGGGCCUGGACGGUUCGACUGCUUCAGUUUUGGGAACCCGUAGGGGAGACCCGCUUCCUCGUGCUGCCCUUGACCUUCAACCGCAAACUACCUCUCAGGAAAGAUGAAGCCAGCUGGCUGCAUGCCGGGCCCCCCCACAACGAGUACAUGGAGCAGAGUUUCCAGGGCCUGAGUGGCAUCCUGAGCCUGCCUCAGCCGGAGCCCGCCGAGGAGGCCGCCCGGCGGCACGCCUUGCUCACGGGCCCGGCGCUCGAGGCCUGGACAGAUGGGGAACUGAGUGGCUUCUGGUCUGUGGCUGGACUGUGCGCCACGGGCCCCUCCGCCUGCCCCUCCCUGGAGCUCUGCAGACGGACCAGCUGGAGCUCUCUGUUCCCCGACCCCAAAUCGGAGCUGGGGCCUGUCAAAGCCGACGGGCGACUCAGGUAGCAGGGCCCAGCCAGCACCUCCAGAACACCGGGGAAUUGCACCUUACAGACAAUGGAGGGCUGUCCCCCCACACACAAGGACCAGAGGCCCAGGCAACACACCCGUGACAGCCAUCAAGAACCCGCAAGGAACAUGGGCGUAGUCCUUACUACUGCUGAUGGCUCUGCUGGGGACCAGCGGGUGGCAGAAAUGUGGGGAGAAGGGCUCCAGUUUCCACGCCCCACGCUUCCAAUCCUUCUCCACUAGUUUUUUUUUUUUUAAAGGAAAAUGGGUGGUGGGGGAGGAACUGGAAACAAAAGAUGUGCAAUAGGGCUCAGAGGAGCCCCAGGAAGUGGGCCAUGGCUCUGGGGAGCAGGGCCUGAUGAGCCCAUCUGCUGUUGCUCUGGGGGUGGGGCCUGCCUCCCUCUCCAGGGCCUCGCCCCCAGCCUGGGCCUUGGCGCUCAUGGCUGAGGCUCUGUAAGUGCCAUCCCAGGCCCCAACGACCUGAGAACAGGUGAUUUGGGGGAGCACUGCAGAGCUGGACUCGAGUGGGACAGCCUCUCCUCUCGUGGCCAGGGGACCGCAGUGAGGGGCUGGGGCAGGCUCUAGGGCUUCCCAGCAUGCCCUGCUCCUUGAUGGGAAAGGCAAGACACCAGGGCCUACUGAGACCAGUGCAGUCUCCCAGGCACCCAGAACUGCAAGCAGGGCCGGGGCUCCUGCCUGUGGGGCGAGCCCUCGCGAGCAGCGUGGGAAGAACUCUUGGCCAGGGCUCUCAGAAGAGCCUGGAGCAGCAUUGUGCCUGAAGCUCAGUGUGGAGUCUGAUAUAUGCAACAGAAGAAAUAUAUCUCUAUCUCUCUAA